AUUGUCCUGGAGAAUAAUAACUUAGUAUUUAAUAAGAAGCAUUAUUUACAGGUAUUAGGUACGGCUAUAGGUACUAGAAUGGCACCAUCAUAUGCUAAUCUUUUUAUGGCUAAAGUGGAAAAGGAAAUCAUAGACUCUUCUCCAGUUAAGCCUUAUUUAUGGCGUAGGUAUAUCGAUGACAUUUUCAUGAUCUGGACUGAAGGUAUCCCGCGCGCUCGCCCCGACCGGCCGAGUGUUCCUGGGCAGCUAACUGUACAAUAUUUCAAGAUGGCGGACGCCCCGCAUGACGAAUCUGAAGAUGAGGUUGAUUACUACGCUGUUUUGGCCGUCCGAAAGGAGGCCAACGAAGACGAGCUGAAGGCCGCGUACCGACGACUAUGCGUCCUGUAUCACCCAGACAAGCACACUGACCCGGAGAAAAAGAGGGUGGCUGUGCAGUUGUUCAGCAAGGUUCAGAAAGCUUACGAAGUGUUAAGUGACCCAGAGACAAAAGCUAUCUAUGAUGUUUAUGGCCAGAAAGGCUUGGAUGCUGGUUGGGAGGUCAUUGAAAGAAGAAGAACUCCAGCUGAGAUUCAAGCAGAGUAUGAGCGUCUGCAGAGAGAAAAAGAGGAAAGACGCCUCCAACAGAGAACAAAUCCUAAGGGUAGUGUGAUAGUUGGUGUUGAUGCAACUGACUUGUUUGACCAUUACGAAGGACUAGAAGAAAGAGGGUUGCCAAAUAUAGAAGUUAGCAACAUGGCAAUAAUGCAGUCCAUAGAGGCACCCCUAACUCGAAUGGAUACCGCCACACUGUCAGGCUCUCUUGGAGUGCGUAAUGGAAAUGGUAGUGGUAGUGUUGCCUUAUCUAUGCGGCGAGUCUUGUCCUAUAAGGCCUGGGGAGAGGUAGAAGUAGGUGCUGGGGAUGGUCCAACCCUAACCUUCAGGGGGUUCAGAAACUUGACAAAAAGAAGCUAUGCUACAUCUGGGGUAACAAUGCAAGUCAUCAAUGGAACUGCUCUCUCUGCAGGGCUGCAGACAAUGGUUGCCAGGCAACUUGACAAGCACACGGUUGGGUAUUUGACGUGGAAAGCUGGUGCUCAGUCAUCCAUGAAUACAACAGUCAUCCGAGAAACAGAAGACUACAGAGCUGUUUUAACCCUACAGCUUGGUGUACCUAACACAUUUGGUGUAGCAUCAGUUACAAAAAAAUUAGAAGAAACAAGACUAAAGCUAGCUAUCAAAGGUGGCAUCUUUGGAAUGAUAUUUGAAUAUGGCAUUGAGAAGAAAAUAUCGCAACACAGUCAGCUGGGCGCGUCCAUCAGUAUUGGAGUGCCUACUGGAGUCACCUUAAAAAUCAAACUCACCAGAGCAACUCAAGUGUACAGUUUCCCAGUAUCUCUCUCUGAGCAAAUUAGCCCUGCCGCCAUAUUCUAUGGAACAAUAGCUCCAGUUGUAGUCUUCUUGGUGGCCAAAGUGCUGGUGGUUAGUCCGUUCAAGAAGCAAGAGCAAGAAAAGGAAGAGGAAUUGAACAGAGAGAAGCAUGCACAACAGCUGGCAAAGAAGAAACAGGAAGCUGAAGACACAAUUAACCUAAUGAGGGAAUCCUAUGAGCGCAACCUGGAGUUUGAGAGUCAGCGUCAUGGUCUUGUGAUUGUGCAUGCCUGGUACGGAAACCUCGUCUCUAUGGAUGAAAGUCAUGAUGGCCAGCGUACUGUCCACUCUACGCAUGCUCAAGUGAUUGACGUCACUGUUCCGGUCCAGUGCCAAGUGCGAGAAUCUCGUCUUUUCCUGGCCGAGGGGCCCAAGCACAAUCUAAGUGGGUUCUAUGAUCCGUGCCCAAACCAAGACAAACUUCUGCGAAUACGAUACGAGUUUAGGGACGCGCUUCACGAGGUGACUAUUGGGGAACUGGAGACCAUAAGAAUACCCAAGCAGUCGCAUAGGAUGGAGGCCAGUUGACCCUCUCCCGCGCCUAAACGCGCCUACUGUGCCAUGCCGAGACCGUGCCUUGGACUAGAUAACAAAAACACGAUGGUUUGACAUCUGGACAACUUUUGAUGGAACAACUUCUAUUAUUCUGGAACAGACGACUUUUUAACAUAACUGAAGUUAAUUUCAGAGCGAAAAUAGGGGAAUUUCUUAUCUCUAAUUUUAAAAAGACAUAAUCAUUAAUUAUGAAAUCGAAGAAUAGACCCCUCGGUGUUAUGUCAAGGACACAGAUAAAUAUUUUUGUUAUUUGUUGAGCUUUGUGGGAAGCCUUCUAAGAGAAAUGCAGUUCCACUAGCUUGGAUGUUUUAUGUGUCAAACUAAUUUGUUCCAUGUUACAUUCGUUUGAAUGUACUUUGUGUAAAGAACAAUAAACUAAUUGAGUAAGAA